UCGCCUUCUAUUCACCACAGCGCCGCUACACUGUGACGCUGCCACUCGUGCUUGUAUUCGAGAAAGAUAAUCGAAAAACAUGUCUGGAGUAUUUCGCCAGCCAUCCAAAGUUGGCGCAGGUGGCCGUUCGGCAAAUCAGUUGCCUGCAUCAGUCAAGUCCGAAGGAAGUUCAGCUGGGUCGCCGGGCCCGUUGUCCACGGGUAGCAAUGAUGCGAUCCCACAGACUGAAUAUAGACUGCGGGCGUUUUCACAAGCGGAGAAGGCUGAGAAGAGGUUCCAUGUUAUGAAGUUUUACAGUCGACAGGAAGUUGAUCCGACUUCAUUCCAACAGCCUGUCACGAUGCAUCGCAAAGAUCCUCGCCAAUUGAGAUACCAACAACAGCAGAAUCCAAUGAUCGCCGAAGCAGCGGGAACAAAAACCGAGGAAGGCGCCGGUGAUGCGAUGGAGGAUGUAAAGAUGACAGAGAAGCAACCGGCCGCUGAGAAAGGCACGGUUGCUCCCGAUCCCGAGUUGAGCAUUGCGCCUGAUGGAAAUGGCCGCCGAAAUCGAAAGGCUUUGUUUCAAAAGAAGACGCGACAAGUAUAUACAAACCACGAGGAAGAACGACGACUGCGAUACGAGGAAUUUUAUCCGUGGCUGAUUGAGGACUUUGAUGGGAAGAAUACAUGGGUGGGAAAUUACGAAGCUGCCCAAUCUGACUGUUAUGUCUUAUUUGUCUUUGAUGAGGAUGGAUUCAAGAUGGUUCCGGCCGAAAAGUGGUACAAGUUCACUCCAAGAAACAAAUAUGCCACGUUAUCGGUAGAGGAGGCAGAGGCGAUGAUGGCCAAAAAGAAUCAGCCUCCUCGUUGGCUGAUGAAACACAUGAACCCCGAUGGUGACUCUGAGGAGGUCGCAAUGCCUAAGAAGAAAAUGAAGACCGUCGAUGGCGAAAAGCGGAUGGCUCGAAAGCGCGAGAGCGGCGACGAUGGAGACGAGCUUGACUUUGAUGAGGAGUUUGCCGAUGAUGAAGAAGCUCCGAUUAUGGAAGGCCCUGAAGACGAAAGCAAAGAGGUUGAGCAGCGAGUCAAGCGACAGAUGCGUGCCAAAAAUGAAGACGAUGAUCAGGGAGACGACUUGUUUGCAGAUGACGAAGAUAGAAAAAUUGGAAGAGACGGAAAAAGGCUGAAACAGUCACUGAGAGCUUUGGAGAAGAACGCAAUGUAUGAAUCGGAUGACGACGAGCAGGAAGAAGAUCCAUUUGCAAGCAAGGCGGUCUUCUAGGUGAUUAUACGAGCUACAAGUGGGAAACUGACAGCUGAAUUUAUGGGCUUAGAUGGUAUAUAUCGCGGGUGAAUGAUCACAUUACAUUUAUUAAGAGAAAAGAUACAAGCAAUCUAAUAUUACA